AUGAGUGAAGAUGGGGAUAUAUGCCCGAUCUGCAAAUCCUCGCGGUACCUCAACCCGGAUAUGAAAUUUCUAGUCAAUCCUCAAUGUUACCACAAAAUGUGCGAAUCGUGUGUGGAUCGACUUUUUGCCUACGGCCCAGUGACAUGCCCUCACAAUGGCUGCGAAAAGAUUUUGCGAAAGAACAAGUUCAAGACCCAGAUCUUCGAGGAUGUGGCUGUCGAGAAGGAGGUCGAUGUACGCCAACGGGUCAUGUCGGUCAUGAACAAACGAGAAGACGAGUUCGACACGCUGAACGACUACAACGCAUAUCUGGAAAAGAUUGAAGACAGCAUCUUCACGCUGUUGAAUGGAACCGCUGACGAAAAGGACGCAUUGACCAAGGAGAUAGAAGCAUACGAAAAGGAACAUAAGGCCGAGAUCAUUGCCAACAACAAGCUCCGAGACGAGGAGGACAAGUAUGAGCAGCAGAAGGAGGACUGGAUGAAGGAACAGAGAAAGGCAAACUACCUCAUGGCUGUGGAGGAACAAAGGGCAGCUCAGGAGGAUAAGGAGGCUGCCAAGCGAGAACUGGUUCAUCAGCUCGCCACUUCCAACAAGGAUGCCUCUUCCAUCGAGCAGAAUGUCCAGAAGACAGCUCUCAAACGAUCCUCAGCUCGAACAGUCAACUUCCAACCCAUGCCUACAUCUCGGUACUUUGAGAAGGUCAAGAAGGAAAGCUCGAAGCCCGAGACGCCCUUCACACCCUUCAACGGUGACAGGCAGAUUCCCGCGCUGUUUGAGGUACAGGACCAUUACGACGACAAGGUCAUCGAGCCUCUGGCCCAUGACAUUCAGCAUCAGGCCGGAGGUUUCACUCUCAAGGCAGCAUACGCAAGAAUUCUCCAACAGGCCUUUUUUGGUCUAGGUGUGGAUGUUCAGACCGAGCUGUUGGCUGAAGAGAAUGGCAACAGCAACGGCACAGCAGUACCUGUCAAGACAGAAGAAGACCCGGUCAAGCUGGAAGAGCCAUCGAUACAGGUCAAGGUGGAAUCCACGGUAUAA